AUGGCGCCCCCAGCACCCAAACCUCAGAUCCCUACUACCUUCAACGGACCCAUGCAGGUCAUUGGUGCCGGCCUCCCGCGUUGCGCAACCACCACCCUCAAGGAAAUGCUCGAAAACAAAACCCUCCUCGACGUCGGACCGACCAUGCACAUGAAUCGCUGCCUUUCUUCCCCCGCGAACAUGCGCCUUCUCUAUGACGCCCUCAGUGAAAAAGACACACCAAAGCGUCGGGCCAUUCUCUACAAACUUUUCGCCGGGUGUGCCGCAACAGCAGAUUUCCCUGGUCAUCUGUUCAUCGAAGACCUGAUUGAGAUGUAUCCGGACGCCAAAGUGGUGCUCAACAUCCGCAAGGGCGGUGCUGACGACUGGGAAGCCAGCAUGAUGUCCACCAUUGCCCCAUUUAUGAGCUGGCAGUACCGGGUUGCUUGCUUCUGGAGCGUCCCGGACUACUGGCACUAUCAGUGCGAGGUCGAAUGGCAGAGGUUCUGCAAGGAGAAGUUUGGCGCCGAGAACUUCUGGAGUAAAGAGGUGUACGACAAGCACAAUGCCUGGGUGGUGAAACUGUGUCAGGAGAAAGGCAGGGAAGUCCUUCUCUGGGAACCCGCCAUGGGCUGGGCUCCGCUAUGCGAGUUCCUGAGUAAGAAGGAGCCUGAGGCCGGUGUGCCGAGAACCAACGACCGGGUCAAGAUGGAGAAAGUUGUCGGCUGGAGAAUCGCUCUGGGCCUGAAGCUUUGGAUGAGCAAGGUUUGCAUGCCCGUUGCCAUCUCUGUCCUCGGCGGGUAUGGAGUGGUGAAGGCGAUGCAAUUGUGA